GCGAACACAGAGUUACGCAAGCGCAGCUUGUGAUUAUAAAAUUUAUAAUUGAUGUAGCCUGUUGGUAGUGCUUACUGCUUACCGCGGUUGUGGAUCUUAUCCGAUGGGUCAAUUUUACCAACCACUAACCAUCGAUUAUGAAUAAUAUUUUUUUCUCGACCAUCGUCGACCGACGUUUUCGCGUUUGUAUUAUUAUUUUAUUAGCAAUUUUCGACGACUGACUGACAUAUUAUUAUUGUUUUUUUUCGUCGUUGUUGGUUCGUUUCAAUCCGUUUCUCGGCGACAAAUUUAUACAUGUAUAUUACGCGCGUAUACAUGUAUACGUCACGCGAGCGUUGCCGUUACUUUACGCCGAGUUUUGACCGACACCGAGUGAAGUGCUGCCGCCGCUGUUGACCAGCGACGACAACGACGAUGCGUUAUAGAUGAAGCUCGUUUCACUCGCAGACGACCGCCGCCGAAAAAACCUUUUACUUUUCGACCCUCGCAAACGCGGUCAAACGACAGCUACAGAUUGGAGCCAUCGAAAGUAUGCACUGCUGCUAUUGCUCCUGCUGCUGCUCCUGCUGCACAAUACCAUAAUACUGACCGACUGAGCAACCGCCCACAGUGAUGACUGAAUGGAAAUCCAGAUCGUUACCUAGCAAUUUCGAAAUACUUUCCCUGUCAAAUGUGCCAGUCGGUCCUUCUUGCUUACGUUCAAACUCCAAGAAAACGUACAUUAGCCGCAAUGUAUCUUUUCCGGACGAUGAAAGUCAAAUUGUCACUGGCGUUCUUGAAACUUUGCAUCCUUGGGAAUCCAUGGAAAACGUAACUGUAGAGUUACUCACAGCCAAAUAUAAACAAUCAUGUGAGAGACACAAUACUAAUCCAUUAUACUCGGUCCUCAAUCAAAUAAAAUCUAUAAAUACAAAUUUGGAGAGGAAUGAAUGUCUUGAUCUAAAAGGUGUUUUACUGACUAACGUUGACUGGGAAAGUCUAGAAGAAAUUUUUAAAAGAGUUCAGUUUAAGACUAUAAACGUUGAAGCAACUGGAUUAAACGAUGACACGGCAAUUGCAUUGUUUGAUAUGUUAGACUUUUAUGAAUCUGCCAUUUGUUUAAACAUAUCUUCUAACAAUGAUAUUGGCACUAGAGGAUGGCAAGCAUGUGCUCGUACGUUAAAAAAGUCAAAAUGUUUAGAAGAAUUAGAAGCAAGGAACACAAUACUUAAUGAAUCAAAUAUGACUUCUUUGGGUCGUUCAUUAAAAUUUGGUUCACAAUUAUGUGUCUUAAAACUUGAAAAUUGCAAUCUUGCAGACCGGCCAUUAACAUCAUUAGUUUCUUUAAUAAAAUUAAAUAACACACUUAAAGAACUUUACUUGGGUGAAAACUAUUUGAAUGAAAAUGAUGCAAAACAACUUUCAAUUUUACUUAAAUGUAAUACCACAUUGCAGUUGUUGGAUUUAAGCAAUAAUAACAUUCAAAAUAAAGGGUUUAAAUUACUUUGUGAAAGCAUUGUAAAUCAAAAUUCACCUUUGACAAUUUUAAUAGUCUGGAAUAAUAACUUGAAUCAUGAGUGUUCAGAAUGUUUAUCAAACUUAAUGGGUUCAGAAACUAAAUUAGAAAUGCUCAAUGUUGGGUUUAAUUGUUUACUCGACACCACGGCUAGUGCUAUUCAAAUACCAUUGAAGAACAACAAAAAUUUGAUACGCUUAGGAUUGCAAAGCACCCAAAUAACUUGUAAAGGAGUUAAAUAUUUAGCAGAAGCUCUAGAAGCCAAUACUUCUUUACAAAGAUUAGAUUUACGUGAUAAUAAUAUUGAAGUUGAAGGGCUGAGAAAUUUGAAAGAGUCCAUUUCAAAAAAUUUUAGAAUUACACGCCUAGAUUUAGAUCCUCUGCCACGUAACAAAUAUGCAGCUGAUACAACUAAAGAGUAUACAAAUCUAACGGAACAGAUCAAACAAAUGUGUGAAGAAAAUGAAAAAAAACAUAGUACUAAACAAAUUGACGACAAUCUACUUGACCAGAUUACAGAUGAGUCUAAUAUAACAAGAGCUAUCAAAAUACCAAAUGUAGAUUCUAGAAAGAUAUCUCUUACAUGUGAAUCAUUAAUGAUGCAGUAUACUUCACUUAAAAAUCCCAAUUAUCUUGGUUCAGACGAUUACUUGCCUAUGUUGCGAGGAAGUAGCGGUAGAUUAAGAAGUCCUGCUCCGAGUCCUAUACACAGCCCAGUCGCUAGUAGUCCAAUGUGCAGUCCUUCAAUAGCAUCCACACGUAAUCGUUUCCAUGUUUCAAAAGUAUCCGAACAAAAACAAAAAGAAUGUCGAUUUAAGGUGAUCAAAUUGAACAAUUUGAAUGAUAAAGCACCAACGGCUAGUAACGAGUCAUUAUCUGAUGAUUCUUUUGGCCCUACCAAUUUGGAACUCACAGUUGAUAGUUUGGAUUUGUGCAAACAUAAAAAUGAUACCAAAAAAGAAGAUCAAAGAACUAGGAAAGUGUCCUGGGUUAUGGGCUCUCGACCUUUGUUGACUUCAUUGCAAAACAUCACCACGAGUUUGGAUCAAGCCACCUCGUCUGGAGUUGACAAGCUUCUCAGUUUAUUUAGUCCUUUUUCUAGCGCAGACAAAUCAUCGGCUUCUAUCGACACGGUUGAAUCUAAUGAUUCUGUUUUUGAAUCGGACACUGAAUCAAAGAAACCAGUUACACUGGAUCAAGCAACUUGGCCACCAGUAUUUGGAAGCUUGAAAAAAACCACGUCCAUCUGCAGGCCAUUAUCAGAUAAAGGUAGACGUAGUCUAAGCGAUUUGCGUACUUUUUAAAUUUGAAGUUAAAGAGGUAGUGACCAUACUUAAACAAUAAUUCAAUUGGAUCAAAUGCGUUUAAGUUGUUUAUUGAUAAUGUAAGGUCUCUCCCUCAACGCAAAUCUCGUUUACAGUAGUAUCUUUUACAAACUACAUUGUGAUUCACAAGCACAUGAGUACAAAUUUUGUUUUUAUCAUUGUUGAACAAUUUAUAAAUAUUUAUGGAAUCGUUUUUAGUUGUUAGUGCUAUAUGUUUAGUUUAAACACACCCUCUAAUCAAACAUACAACUACUGUAACGAGAAUUCACGCAACGAUUAAUUACAUUAUCUGAUGUACAAACAACUACGGACUUGAAACCAUGAACGAUAUGUUUUAAGAAUAAUAUUAUUUUCUGAUAAUGUAAACAUUACUUAAAAUUAUAUCGUAAGAAUUUGUACAUUUUAAUUUAAAAUUUCGCAUUCUAAAUAUAUUGAACUCAAAUAUAAUAUUAUGCUGGUGGAUGCAAUUUCUCUGUAACAAAUAUUACUAAGUUUGGUUUUUAUGAAUUGGUUUCUUGUCCAGUGAUGUUUUAAAUUUAUGAACUGGUCUCAGUAUGAUUAAAAUUUAAUUUUAGGUACUUAUAAUGUGUAUAAUGACAUUGAUAUAAUAUUAAAAGUUACCAACCAGUGUUUUAAACAAAUGGAACAAAAA